GUUGGAACGUUUGCCAAACAAGGAAGCAAUCCUACAGCUAGCUAAUGCCCGCGACUUUGCUGACAGCUAGUGGGGGUGAAGUCCGAAUCAAAAUUUGAAGACGUUUAUGAUCACAGUUAGCUAGCUUCACGUCCUGUGGGUAACUUUCGUUACAUUCAGCAAGGACUGUCUAUUCGCUCUUGUCUUGCUACUAAUGCUAUAAGAUCCAACGAAGCUUGCCUGGCCAGUUUAGCUGGCUAGCUAGCAUUCUCCUUGUCGACUAGUGUGUGUGCUGUCUGCAUUCCUGUGUUGAGUUUUUGACAGCGGACUUUUCACUGCUUUUGUCUUUCGCCCUAACGGUGGGUGACUGUCCUAAAUAGCUAGCAAGGGCAUUGUCAACCCAGUCACUUUUCAUGCCAGGCUUUUGAAUAGAACGCUACGUAAGAUAACUAGCUAGCUAGGUGGUUAGCUAACGGCGCCUUUCGACUGUCAUUCUUUUCUCUUGAAUUUUUGACACACCGAAUCGGACUAGCUGUAUCAUGGGCUCAAACAUAUUAACAACUAGCUAGUUAACUAGCUAGCUUAAGAUUUCAUGUUAUUCUGGAGAGGCUGUCACUCCAAGAUUCCAGACCUUUUCAUCCAAGAUUUCCCCCCACACCUUCCCCACAAAGCCCCACUCCCUCUCCCUGACCCUUCAUAAUGUUGGAGGGACUUGUUGCCUGGGUACUCAACACAUACCUAGGCAAAUAUGUCAGCAACCUAAAUACAGACCAGCUCUCCAUCGCCCUCCUCAAAGGUGCGGUGGAGCUGGAGAACCUUCCCUUAAGGAAAGAUGCCCUCCGAGAGUUUGAUCUGCCCUUUGAGGUCAAAGCAGGCUUCAUUGGGAAGAUCACACUCCAGAUCCCGUUCUACCGACCCCACAGUGACCCCUGGGUCAUCUCCAUGUCCCAGCUCAACCUCAUCAUCGGCCCGGUCCGACCCCAGGAGUAUGACAAGGAGACGGAGAGGGAGGCCGAGCGCGAACGCAAGAAACAGCUGCUCAAGGCACUAGAGGACAAGUGGAAGAGCGAGUGUGAACAGAAAGGAGAGUCCUACUGGUACUCUGUCACUGCCUCUGUAGUCACCAGGAUCGUGGAGAACAUCGAGCUAAAGAUACAAGAUGUCCACUUGCGAUUUGAGGAUGACUUGACCAACCCAGGGAAGCCAUUUUGCUUUGGUGUCUGUAUCAACAACGUAUCUGCACAGAACUCUUCAAUAGAACCGGCACAAAGGCUCAUGCGGCAAAAGCAACUGGAGAUUCAAGAAUUCAGCGUCUAUUGGGACACAGUGUCUAGCAUGUUGGGAGAUCUCCCCGCCAAUGAGAUUCAGGAGGCCAUGACCAAGUGCAUGCAGAGCCGAGAGCACCAGUAUAUAUUUGAGCCGGUGUGUGCCUCGGUGCUGCUGAGGAGGAAUGCCUCCAAGGAGCCUCUGAGGUCUCGCAACGUGCCCCGCAUCGAGGGCCAGGUUCAGCUGAAGCCUCUAUCCCUACGACUGUCACAGGUGCAGUACCAGCAGAUCAUGGCCUUCCUCAAAGAGCUGGACCGCAGGGAAAGGGAGAUGAUGUUCCGCCAGUGGAGACCCAAAGUCCCUGUCAUCGGAAACUGCCGGCAUUGGUGGAUGUUUGCCAUCCAGGCCAACCUGAGUGAGAUUCGAGAGCAGAGGCGGAGGGGGAACUGGGAGUUUGCCCUGCAGAGGGCACGGGACGCCCAGCUUUACACCAACCUCUACUUCCAGAGGCUUAAAGGAGCCCCCCUCACCCCCCCGGAGGAGUGUGAAUUGCAGAGAGUGGAGGACGAGCAGAAUCUGGAGGAGUUGCAAAGCCUUAGGGGAGUUGUCCACGACUGCUUCCGCAAACAGGAGGAAAUCGCAGAGAGUGUGAGGGAACCUAUCUCUGAGAGCCCACCACCCUGUUCUCCCACAGGGAGCUCCAUCCCCAAGAGUGGCAGCUCUGGUAUGAUCCAGUACCUGCAGUCUUGGUUCCCUGGCUGGGGCGGCUGGUACGGAGCGUACCCUGAGACGGGCCCUGAUGAGCUCCUACCAGGCCCUGGCACCUGGGACAUGCUGGAGGAGGACCUGUUUGACCCUCUGGAGGACUCUCAGACCCUCAACACCUUCACCAGGAGAGACCACCUUUUUGCCCGGCUAGAGUUCCAACUGGAGAAGGGAGCCGUCACCCUUUUCCACCAAGACAAGAGGGGAGCUGAGAGCGGCGUCAUCGAGUUGAAGUUCUCAGAGGUGAAGGUGGGAGUGGAGUCUCUGCCCCGGUCGGAGUCCUCUCUUCUGUCUGUCAAGCUGGGGGGCUUAUUCCUCAGAGACCUCACCACCCAGGGCACCAUCUUCCCCUUCCUUGUUUCCCCCAAACCGGACCAGGUUGUGGUUGCCAUAAACCAGCCUUUUGGCCAGCCUAGCGGUGCUGAAACGAGCAGCUCAGUCCCUAGCUCAGAGUCAUCGGCGUCCCCUGUGUUUGAGAUGAUAUAUGAGCGCAACCCGGUUAGGUGUAAAUUUGAGCGGAGACUGGAGGUGAACACUAGCCCUUUGAACAUCAUCUACAACCCUCAGGCCAUUAAGAAAGUCACUGAGUUCUUCUACAAAGGAAGAGUCCACACCUCAGGUUUUGGGUACCAGUCGGAGCUGGAGGUGAGAGUGGCGGAAGCUGCCAGGAGGCAAUACAACAAGCUCAAGAUGCAGACCAAGGCGGAGAUCAGACAAACCCUCGACCAGCUACUAGUGGGAGAGUUCAUUGAGAACAGUAAGCGCUGGACUAUGAAGUUGGAUAUCUGUGCACCCCAGGUGAUCUUCCCAGAUGACUUCCAGUCACAGGACCCCAUGUUAGUGGUGGUUGACCUGGGACGGAUUCUCCUCACUAACUCACAUGAUGACACUAAAACAAAGUCGAAGACCACUCAGUCGGACGGGGAGGAGUAUAACAGUGAUGAAGAGUACCAGACUCCGCUGGCCACACCCCCAAAUUCUCCGCCCCCUGAAAUGGAGACAGAGUUCAAAGACCAGAACAAGUACCCCCAGCUCGCAAGCCUUAAAUCCCCCGAGGGGGUCCAGGCCUUCAGCAGAAACCUCUAUGAGAAGUACUCUCUGUCCUUCAAGGACCUGCAGAUCAUGGUGGGACGCUACAAAGACAACUGGAAGCACCUGCAGGAGAGCGAGGUGGGGCCCACCCACGUGAUUGAGAAGUUUAACGUGCUGCUGGAGCUGGAGCAGAGACUGCGCUACACCUCAGACCCUCAGCUCCCUGGGGCUGUGCUUUCCGGGACCCUGCCAGAUCUUAAGGUCCACAUCAACCUGGAGAAGAUGACCGCCCUCAGGAGCUGCCUGGCCCGACUGGGCAGCCCCGCUGAGGAGGACGAGGGCCAGGAGAAAGCAGAGAGUGCCAAGACUCCUGACCCCUCCAACCUGCGCCAUGAGAAGAUCUUCCAGAGGGAGGACAGCCAGUGGAAGCUCCAGGGCUCGGCCAAGAACCUUACCCAGAGUGUGAUGACACUGGAGCAGCACACGAGGGAGGUCCUGGUGGAGUCACGCCUCCUCCUGGCUGAGUUCAACAUCAACUACAUGCAGCUGGGCGUGGAGAGCAACGGACGAUACAUCUCCGUCCUUAAGGUCUUCGGCACCAAUGCCCAUUUUGUGAAGCGGCCUUAUGACGCAGAGGUGUCCCUCACCGUCCAUGGCCUGCUGCUGGUGGACACGCUACAGACCUACGGCUCUGACUUUGACCUCUUGGUGGCCUCCCACAAGCACCUGAGCUUCGAUGUGCCUACUGGCAGCCUCCGAGAGAGCCAGCCCUCCUCCCCUGCCGGGCCCGAAGGGAUGUCGCCUGAGCACCCUGCCCUCCACCGAGACUCCUCCUCUGGGUUACUCUUCGAUAGAUCUUCCCCGUUCAGUUCCUUCCUCAGAGACCAGGAGGCCCUCAUCAAACUGGAGUACCAGUUUGUCAGCUCGGACUGCCCCUCCAUGAACCUGGACAGCUCCCUCCAGGUGACCACCAUGCAGGUCAACAACCUGGACAUCAUCCUCAACCCGGAGACCAUGGUGGAGCUGCUCAAGUUCCUCCAGAAGUCUUUCCCCAAGGAGGAGAGCCCCUUGGCCCAGCAGCCAUCGCCCCUUCCGGUGGGCCAGGGCCAGGAGGGUCAGGAGGAGACCUACCAGUCCACCUACGACCAGAACAAGGAGCUGACUGUGGAGAUCCACAGGUUGAACCUGCUGCUGCUGAGGACUGUGGCCACUGGCAGCGUACUGGGCGGAGAGAAGAAAGGCUUGAAGAUCGCCACGGCCAGUAUCAACGGCACCAAGGUCAACGUGUCCAUGGGCAGCCGGCUGGAUGUCAAUGGCUCGCUGGGCUCUAUCCAGCUAGUGGACUUGACCCAGGAGGGCGGCCGGAGCCAGUUUGUGGUCAGCAUUGGCAACAUAGAAGACGAUCCCUCGGCAGCAGGAGGCGUAGCCUUCUUCUGCGGCUCUGAAGGAGCCCCCUCAGAGGCGUUGAACUUCCGACUUCUGGAGCGCUCCCAGGGGGAGUGCUCGUUAACACUGCAGAUGGCCUCACUGCACUACAACCACUCCGCCAAGUUCCUGAAGGAGCUGAGCCUCUCGGCCAACGAGCUGGAGGACAACUUCCGCUCCAUGCUCAAGACAGCCGCCACCAAGGUGUCCACGGUGCUGGCAACCAAGACGGCCGAGUACAGCGGCAUGGUCUCCCUGUUCGAGACGCCGUCGCGGCGCUCCAGGACCCAGAGCCAGAGCAACUGGAGCAACUACCCGUUUGAGGAUGAAGAGGAUUUGAGUGCGCAGGAGGAAGAACCCACCAUAGACUCGUUUAUGGUCAAGCUGAUCCUCAAUGUCAGCAUCGAGUCACCAGUCGUGUCCAUUCCCCGUAAACCUGGUCACCCCGAGCUCCUGGUUGGUCACCUGGGGAGUAUCACCAUCCAGAACUUUGUUGCCGGGCAGGACUCGGAAGGGGAGAGACUACAGGUGCUAGUGAAGGAUAUCCGUCUCUACUCACUCAAUACCAGUCACCUUGUGUUGAGGAAGGUAGCUAGAACUGACAGCAGUUCCUCUAACCAAUCCCCUUCUCACAACGGAAAUAUCAAUCAGGACGAGCCACAGUUUACUCGCCAUGACUUCUUUGAAUAUCUGAGUCGGGGAAAAGCCUUCCAUAUUCUGAAAGACACCACCAUUCAGUUCACCCUGGAGAAAGUUCCUCCCAUUGAUGAGGAUACCCAGUUCACCUUUCUAACCACAGACGAGCCCUAUAACAGCACAGGGUUACUUCGGGUGGAGGGCAAGUUUGUCAAUGCAGUACAGGUGUUCCUGGCCAAGCCUGUGUAUGAGCAGGUUCUACAGACACUGGAUAACCUUACCCUCACUGAGCCCCAGAGAGUGACGCCCAGCCAGCCUCCCACCCCGCCGCCCCCUACCCCCUCCUCCACCAAACCCCACCGCUUCCCAGAUCCCCAGGGUGGGCUCUUUGCCCGGGACCCCCCGCUCAUCGGCCUCUCCUACGCCUCCCUGUCCAACUCGCUGUCGUCCCCCAAGCCCCUGCAAUCCCACAGUCCCCUGAUGCAGACGCUCUCCUUCACCCAGGUGAGGGCCACCUUCAGGGUGGCAGAGCUCCAGGUGCAGCUGAGUGCUGACCUCAGCCAGGGUUCCCAGGGGCUGGUUAGCCUGCGCUUCCAGGACCUGGAGGGAGACUUCACCAAAGACCACCCCAACUGCCUGUCUGUCCAGCUCACGUUGCGCUCCCUCCUCAUGGAGGACCUCCUGGAGCAGAACCCUGAGUCCAAGUACAAGCACCUAAUGGUUUCCAGGGGUGCUCCCAAGCCCUCCACAUUCAGCCCCAAGGAAUACCUGUCCCAGUCGUGCCCAUCGGCCUCCAAUGCCCUCUACCCUGAGAUGCCUCGCUCGCUGCCCGCCCACAUGGAGGAGGCCCAGAACGUCUUCCAGCUGUACCAGAGACACCCCAGCACCCCGUCGGCCGCCAGCCGUAAGAGCGGACCCAAGAAGGACCCUGCCUGCCCCAGCACCCCACCGCCCUCCCCCACCCGCAAUACCCCUUCACCCCACCCUCCGCCCUCUGACUUUGACGAGUCUCUUGUUCACAUCAACUUGCUGCUGGUGGACCCGCGCCACCCAGAGUUCCAGAGCCGAUACGGUGGCGUGGGGCGGAGCAUCGACGUGGACUUCAACUGUCUGGAUGUGCUGAUCACGCUGCAAACAUGGGUGGUCAUCCUGGACUUCUUCGGGAUCGGCUCCACGGCCAACAACCACGCAGUCAAGGUGCCCUCGGCCUUCCCCCAGCAGCCUAUGCCGGGACAUCCUCUGUUCCAGCCUGGGAACCCACACGAGCUGGGGGACAUGUACCCAGACCUCAGCCAGGAGGAAGUUGCUGAGGUGGUCAACACUAAACUGGAUCUCAAGGUCCAUGCGCUUGCUCUUGUGCUAAACAAGAAAACCAAUGAGCUUGCUAAAGCUAGCGUCUCCAAACUGUCUGCCCACUGGGAAAUGAUUGAUGGCAACCUAGCAUUGCAGGGUAGUCUUGGAAGCCUGUCUCUGAGUGACCUGACCCCACAUGGUGACCUCUACAGGGAGCGCUUCACCACGCGAGGCGGAGAGGCCCUUGUCUUCAACAUACACAAAUACGGGGAUCCUGACCCCUGGCUUGAGCGGGAGUGUGACAUGAAGGUGUCUCUGCAGAUGGCCUCGGUGCAGUAUGUCCACACGCAGCGCUUCCAGGCCGAGGUGGUGGCCUUCAUUCAGCACUUUACUCAGCUGCAGGAUGUCCUGGGCAGGCAGAGAGCCGCAAUGGAGGGCCAGGCUGUUCGUGAGCGACCUCAGCGGGCAUCCCGUGUGCUGCUGGACAUCGAGGCGGGCGCCCCCGUGCUGCUCAUCCCCGAGAGCUCGCGCUCGCCGCGCCUCUUUGUUGCUAACCUGGGUCAGCUGCGCGUCCAUAACUCUUUCCUGCCGGCUGGCACCCAUGGUACCUUCUCACUCAGAGACAAGGAUCGCGUGAGGGACAGCCAGUCACAGACUGGACCAGCAACGAUUAGUGAGGAGGAGGAGUCGUCAACUGAGAAGCCCAAAACCUCCUCUAGCAGCACCUCCACCCCCGCAUCCUUUGGUUUCACCCUGGGAAGGCCCCAGGCCCAGCCUGCUGCUGGGAGGAUCCCUGGCGAGGAUGACCCACCCUUCAUACUGGAGGAUCAUGUGUGUCUGCUGGACUGCAUAGCCUUGGACCUUCAGGAGAUGGACAUCUUUGCUGCGGAGCGUCUGCCCUGCCAGCCGUGGGACAGCGGCGCAGGGAAGCAGCCCGACUCAGACCUGGUCUUCCCCUCCUACUCGGUCCGCCGCACCGCCGCAUCUCUGCUCAAGGAGCGCUGCCACCUCAAACUCAAAGUGGAGCGCAACCUGGACAGUGCGCUGAGCCAUACGGUACCAGACAUGUCCAUCCACGGCAGCCUGUCCUCAGUACACUGCUCCCUGGACCUGGAGCGCUACCAGCUGAUCCGAGGCCUGCUGGACAACAACCUAGGAGAGCCUGUUGAGGAGUUUCUCCGCCCGUACAACCUGCAGGACCCCAGCAACUAUACGGUGUUGAGUGGUGAUGUGUACACCAGCCUGUCCGUCCUGGUGGACAUGAUGAACGUCAGCCUGGAGUUGCUGGACAGCCCCAAUGCCACGGGACAGAAACCAUGCUCACUAGCCAGGUUUGAUUUCAUGAAGUCUAAGCUGUUGUUUGAGAGUUUCUCCAACGGCUCCAAGUCGGUGAAUCUGGUGUCUCACUCCCUCUUGGCAUAUGACACCCGUUACACCGGGCCUGGCAUGGACGUAGGCAGCAGUGGCAGGGGCAAGCACAAUGUCUUCGACUGCAUCCUGCAGCCCUCCAAGACGGGAACCAACCGGGCCACACUCCAGCUGGAGCUGCAUUACAGGUCUACUAGAGACUCGUCCUGUUUCACCAUUGUCCUCAACAACCUGCGUGUUUUCCUCAUCUUUGAUUGGCUCCAGCUGGUUCGGGACUUCCUGCGCAUGCCCACUGAGAAGGGGGCAGAUGGCGCGCCUCGCCAGCGCUGGCCCAGCGGCAGCAGUGACACAGAGACCACGGGUGCCGUCAUGCCCAAGACAGUCAAGAGCGGCGUGGUCACCAAGAGGUCCACUGUGCCCGUCAUGCAGGAUCGGUACCUGGAAGUCAAGAUCAACGUGACAGGUACUGAGUUUGUGGUGGUUGAGGACUCGUCUUGUCUGGACACCAAUGCCGUCAUUCUGAAGGGCACCACUGUACUCACCUACAAACCCCGUCUGCUGGACAGACCAUUCUCUGGCAGCCUGGCCGGCAUCGAGGUGUUCUCCUGUCGGCUUGGCAGUGAGCAGGAGACAGCCCUGUCCAUCAUCGACCCUGUCAACGUGCAGGUGGAGCUGUGUGGCAGUCCCACCUACCAGAGCAGCUCUGGCCUGCUAGACGCCUUCAACAUGGCAGACUUCCCGCCUCUACUGGAGAUCCAGUUCCCUGCUUUGGACAUCCGGCUUUCUUACAACGAUGUUCAGCUCUUCUUGGCUAUCGCCAAAUCCAUCCCCACCGCAGGCUCUCCCGGGCCUAGUGACACUGCCGAAGGCACCCAGGCCCUUGUAGUACCAUCAGCCAACCAGGACCCCUCUAGCUCCCAGAAAGACAACUUCAGGCAAAAGACCCAGGCACUGCUAGAGGGCCAGUUGACUCGGCUACAGGAUCUAGGCUUCAGGAAGGAGGACUGCAAACGAGCCCUGAUCCAGAGCAAAGGCCAACUGGACCAGGCUGCCACAUGGCUGCUGGAGAAUGCAGAGACCAUGGUGGGUCAGGCCCGGGGCAGAGCAGACCCGGACUCGGCCAGCCACUCGUCGCACCCUUUGUCCGGUGUGGAGGUCAAGGCGGAGAGCGUGUGUAUCUGCUUCAUUGACGACUGUCUCGACUGUGAUGUCCCGCUGGCUGAGUUCACUUUCUCUCGGCUGUAUGUGCUGCAGCGGAUCGGCUCGACCCAGGAGGGCAACGGCAGCUUUACUUUGUCAGGGGACUACUACAACAGAGAACUGUCAGGUUGGGAGCCCUUCAUCGAGCCCUGGCCCUGUUUCCUGACUUGGCAGCAGCAGGCUGCAGGGCGCCUCCACCCACCACGCCUCAAGAUGGGUAUCCGUGCCAAGCAGAGACUGGAUGUCAACGUCACCUCUGUCCUCCUGGAGCAGUACAGCCUCACCAAGAGCUCCUGGCUGGCUGACUACUGCAAGGAAGAGGAGCAGCAGCCACCCCAGGCAUCGGCAGCCCUAUCCUGGAUGGGUUCCUCAGUGGACCCCCCCUGUUUCGGACAGAGUGUCCCUCUUGCCCACCUUAGAACUAGGAGCACAGCCAGCUUGACUUGCCUUGAGCAGCAGAUUCUCUCCAGAGCCGACGUGAAGCUGUCCAAGCGGAGGCAGCCGUUUGUACCCUACGCCCUGCGCAAUCACACGGGAUGUACCAUGUGGUUCGCCACCCUCACCACCACCCCUACAAGGGUGGCGCUGUCUCACAGUGGCAGUGCAGACUCCAUAUCCCACGUGCACGGCCCAGGCACAGAUGACACCCACAAUGUCAGCCAGUGGCGAGAGGUGCUGCCCGGAGAGGAGAUUCCCUUUGAAUUUGAAGCUCGAGAGAAACUCAGGCAUAGACACACUCAUGAGCUGAAGUUACAUCAGCUGUUGGUGCGUGUGGGGGGCUGGGAGCAGGUCAAACCCGUGUCCGUGGACAAAGUGGGUGUGUUCUUCCGCUACGCCGCCCCCGACCGCAACAACCCCUCUAACACGGUGGGCAGCCCUGUCAGCAGGACCAACAUCAUACACCCUCAUGUCUAUUUCUCAGCUCUGCCGCCAGUGCGCGUGGUCUUCUCUAUCACCAUGGAGGGUAGUGCCCGGAAGGUGAUCACAGUCCGUUCAGCCCUCAUGGUCAAGAACCGCCUGGAAGUGCCCAUGGAGGUGCGGCUAGACAGCCCCUCAGCACCAGACAAGCCUGUGGUGCUGCCGCCCAUCCUGCCCGGCGAGGCCCUGGCGGUGCCCCUCCAUCUGACGUCGUGGCGGCUGCAGGCGCGGCCCAAAGGCCUGGGCCUGUUCUUCUGCAAGGUGCCCAUCCAUUGGACCAGCGUGGAAAGACCCGGCGAGGUCAAGAGCAGCAAGAGGGAGUGCCAGUCGGCCGACUUUGAGGACCACCUCAAACGGAGCUUCAGGUUCUGCGUGGUGAUCAAGAAAGAGAACUACCCAGACCAGCAGCCUGCCAAGACCGUAUCGGGUUCCGGCAGCUCCAAGCAGAUCUACUGGCAGCCAGGCCACACCAUCUACCUGCUGCCCACGCUUGUGCUGGCCAACCUGCUGCCCUGCGACCUCAACUACUACAUCAAGGGCACGUCCAUCAAGGGCUCCCUGAAGCCGGGCAAGGAGGCUGUGCUGCAUGCUGCAGACACCUCCCAGAACAUGGAGCUAGGGGUGCUGCUAGAGAACUUCUCUGUGUGUAAGGAGCUGCUGAUUCCCCCUGGUACCCAGAACUAUGUGGUGCGCAUGCGGCUGUAUGAUGCCAACAAGCGCCUGCUCUGUCUCACCAUACGCAUCAUCCUGCGGGCACAGGGGGCGCUCAAGAUCCUCAUCUCAGCACCCUACUGGCUCAUCAACAAGACCGGUCUGCCGUUGAUCUUCCGUCAGGACAAUGGGAAGACGGAUGCAGGCGGUCAGUUUGAGGAGCACGAGUUAGCCAGGAGUCUCAGCCCCUUGCUCUUCUGUUACACUGACAAGGAGCAGCCAGCCAUGUGCACUAUGCGGAUAGGGAAAGGGAUCCAUCCGGACGGGGUUCCCGGUUGGUGCCAGGGCUUUUCCCUGGACGGUGGGAGUGGAGUCAGGGCGGUGAAGGUCAUCCAGCAUGGGAAUAGACCUGGACUCAUCUACAACAUAGGCAUCAACGUUCGUAAAGGCAAGGGCCGCUACAGAGACACCCACAUCGUGACCUUUGCCCCUCGGUACCUGCUGGACAACCGCUCCACCCACAAACUGGCCUUCUCCCAGAGGGAGUUUGCCAGGGGUAAGGGAACAGUGAACCCAGAGGGCUACAUCUCCACCCUGCCGGGUUCCAGUGUGGUCUUCCACUGGCCCAGGAAUGACUACGACCAGCUUCUGUGUGUGCGCCUCAUGGACACCCAAAACUGCACCUGGUCCGGAGGCUUCGAGGUCAACAAGCCCAAGUCCUUCCAUGUCAACAUGAGAGACACACUGGGAAACUGUUUCUUCCUGCGAGCUGAGAUCACACUGAAGGGAGCCACCUAUCAGAUCUGCUUCAGCGACACCGACCAACUACCACCGCCGUUCCGCAUCGACAACAUCUCGGAGGUCCCCAUCCAGUUCUGGCAGCACGGGGUGGCAGACAUCCGGCUUCACACGGAGGUGAAGGCGGGAUCAGUGCUGGACUUUGCUUGUGACGAGCCCACCCUGCCCCCCUACCUCACCCUCAUCGUGAAGGGUGCCGGCUCGUCCGAGGUCACCGCUGAUAUGAACUUCUUCCGGGAGUACAACAAACUCUACUACGAGAACUUCAUCUACAUCGCUGCCACAUACACUUUUUCUCAGGAUGCAGGGAAGAGGCCGGUGGGGAAAAAACGGGUGGUGGCAGGUGCUGAACUGGUGCUGGAUGUGGAGACCAAGACCCAGAGAGUCGUCCUCAAGAAAAAGGAGCCGGGGAAGCGUUCCCAGCUGUGGCGGAUGACGGGAACAGGAAUGCUAUGUCACGAAGGCUCCUCCCCUCCACAGAGCAAGCCUGCUCAACCACGCCCCCUGGACUCCUCCCUGGUGCUGGACAUCGCAGGGUUGGCAGCGGUCACCGACAAUCACUAUGAGCCCUUGAUGCUGAGGAGGCCAGACCCGCGGCGCAGCACCACCCAGACUUGGCACUUCUCAUCAGGCAUGCUGACCUGUGGCCUGCCCCGGCUGGUGGUACAGGCGAACGGUGGUGUGGAGGGGCUGUUUGACGGGGCAGAGGUGGUGCUGGGGCCAGCUGCAGGCCUGCUGGAGCUGGGCCCAGAGCAGCAGUUCAUCAACCAGAAGAUGAGGCCUGGCUCUGGGGUGCUGUCUGUCCAAGUCCUGCCGGACGGACCCACACGAGUGCUGCAGAUCAGUGACUUCAACCAGCGGCGAAUGAACCGGACGUCCCCGAGCACAGAGGAGGACCAGAACAAAGACGACAUUCAGAAGAAGAAGCCAGAGCAGGAACUGGAGGUGUUGGUGAACUUGGAGGAAGGCGUGGGUCUCUCCCUCGUUAACAAGCUGCCAGAGGAGCUGGUGUUCACUACAUUGUCGGGUAUAGACAUCCACUUCACUCGCACCGCUGCCAACGAGGUGCUGGAGCUUAGCAUCCAGAACAUCCAGGUGGAUAAUCAGCUCCUGGGCACCACUCAGCCGGUGAUGCUGUGUGUUUCCCCAGGCUCCAGUAGUGAGAGCAGCAUCGUGGACACUGGCGCCGCCCUGCAGAUCAACUCUGUUAAGGUCCCCAGCAACCUCAUUCUCACCGACCUCUUCAAGCAUCUCAUGGUGACAGCGAGGCGCUUCACUGUCAUCAUCGAGGAGAAACUCCUGCUGAAGCUGCUCAGCUUCUUUGGUUACGGCCACACAGAGGCAGAACUGGAGCGGUUGGAUGAGAGUCUAUAUGAGAAGGCCAGUGAUGAACAGGGAGCUCCCAAGCGCUACUACUUUGAGAACCUGAAGAUCAGCCUCCCUCAGGUCAAGCUGAGUGUGUUCACCUCUCACAAGCUCCCGCCUGACCUCAAGGCCCUCAAGGGAACCCUGGGUAUCCCGCUGAUACGGUUCGAGGAUGCAGUGAUCAACAUGUACCCCUUCACCCGGGUCCACCCUUACGAGACGCAGGAGAUCAUCAUCAACGACAUCCUCAAGCACUUCAGAGAGGAGCUGAUUAGCCAGGCGGCUCAGAUACUCGGCUCGGUGGACUUCCUGGGGAACCCCAUGGGACUGCUCAAUGAUGUCACCGAGGGCGUCUCCGAGCUUAUCAAGUACGGCAAUGUGGGCGGGCUCAUCCGCAACGUCACCCACGGAGUGUCCAACUCCGCCGCCAAGUUUGCAGGGACUUUGUCGGACGGGUUGGGAAAGACCAUGGACAAUCGACAUCAGAACGAAAGAGAGUACAUCCGUUACCAUGGCGCCACCAGCGGAGAGCAUCUGGUGGCUGGGAUUCAUGGAUUGGCUCAUGGUAUCAUCGGAGGGUUGACCAGCGUCAUCACGUCCACAGUGGAGGGGGUGAAGACUGAGGGAGGAGUCAGCGGCUUCUUCUCUGGCCUGGGGAAAGGACUGGUUGGUACGGUGACCAAGCCGGUGGCCGGUGCGCUGGACUUUGCCUCGGAGACAGCACAGACGGUCCGAGACAUGGCCAGCCUCAGUAACCACAGGUUGAGUGUGCUGCGGGUGAGGAAGCCACGAUGCUGUAAGGGACCCCAGGGCCUGCUUCCCCGCUUCUCCUCCACCCAGGCCGACGGACAGGAGCAGCUCUUCCACCUCACUGACAGCAUCCACUCUGAGUUCUUCAUUGCUGUGGAGCCAAUAGACACCUACUGCGUGCUCAUAUCUUCCAAAGUGGUCUACUUCCUCAAGCCUGGUGAAUUUGUGGACCGCGAGGCCAUUUUCCUGGAGGUCAAGUAUGAUGACCUGUACCACUGCCUGGUCUCAAAGGACCAUGGGAAGGUGUAUGUGCAGCUCACCAAGAAGGCAGAGAGCACCAGCAGUGGCGUAGCCAUGCCAGGCCCUUCCCACCAGAAGCCUAUGGUUCAUGUGAAGAGCGAGAAUCUUGCUGUAAAAAUCUCUCAAGAAAUCAACUAUGCCAAGAGCCUUUACUACGAGCAGCAGCUCAUGCUGCCGCCCAAUGAGACUGAAGACUGCAUACUAUUGGACUCAUAACUGACCCCUGGAAAGGGUGGCACAUACAGAUGUUCUUCCUGUUUCUUCCCACUGAAAGUAGUCGUCUUUAAUAUGUUGCGAUAGUGUCUGAAGAUAUGAUCCACAAUCACUAGAGAAUUUCUCCUAUGGCUCUCUAAGGACGGAAUGCCCUAUCCUGGUCCUGGAUGGCAACAGCCUGUUCAUUUUCCACCGCCCUGAUAUGAAGAAAACUAGGCCAGUGCAAAGUGAUAGGGCUUGUUGGACUGACCAUCUGUAUGGGUAUAAGGGCUUAGGGUCUGGCUGCAGCUUUGUGUGAAGUGAAGCCCAUCUCGGGUCAGGAUCAGCCCCCGCUGCACUUGGUUUAGUAGCGCAACAUAGUUUAGACUGAGAAGGUCCAACAUCCCAAGAUGCACACGGUUUAAACAAUGGGAAAAAAAUAUGCCAACAGCUGUUUUAUCGACUUCUGUAUAUUUAGAACACAAUACGAUGACACAGAUGUUUUAUUUUACAAAAAUGUUUAUAAGAUAAGACUGGUAUAUGUCAGUAGAUGUACACACAUACGAGUAGUGUUAUAUUAUGUUUGUGUAUAGACACCUAUGUACAUAUAUAGCUACAUACCAAUAUAACACUAUAGCUAUGUACAUAACCAAGUUGGACAAUAUAAUAAUUAUUUGGGUUGAUAUGAAGUGAAUGAAUGCUGUACAAAACUGCCUUUAAAAUGUCUUUAUUUUGUGUAUAAAAGUAUUUUGGGGUUGAAUUCAUUGCACUGACACUUAGUUGGGACACUGGCUGCUCUUGCCCUCCACCUGGGCCACACCCACCACACAGGGAAGGCAGUCGGGGGAGCUGCCACUCAAGUCCCUAGCCUUUUACAAUCAUGGGCCUCUGUCUGGUUUCGGUCACCGUUUUAUGUAAUGACUUUUUUUACCAGUGUCCUUUUAACCGAUUUCUUCUGAGAGCUCUAGGUUUUGGAAUGUGUUCCUUGAACAAUGAGUUUCUAUCUACUGUGAUCAGACCAGGGGCCUUAGUUACACCCAAAGCUUGUGAAAGGUGGAGGACAUGAGCUUUAACCUGUGCAGGAGGAGGAAAGAGAGUGAAUUGAUGACAUUGCUUAUAAUAAAGCACCACAACUGCAGUACUCAAUA